GCGUCACAGAGCCGAAUGGUAUGCGCCAGCCCGUCCCGGCUGGCGGCGUCAUGGCGGCCGGUCGGGGCUGAGGAGGGAGGGAGGACGGACGCUGACGAGGCGGAGGCCAUGGCGGCGGUGGCGGCGGCGGGCAGCGGCCUGGCCCAGAAGAGCUGGGAGCUGGCCAACAACAUGCAGGAGGCCCAGAGCAUCGACGAGAUCUACAAAUAUGACAAGAAACAGCAGCAGGAGAUCCUGGCCGCCAAGCCCUGGACCAAGGACCACCAUUACUUCAAGUACUGCAAGAUCUCAGCUUUGGCCCUGCUGAAGAUGGUGAUGCACGCCAGAUCGGGAGGCAACCUGGAAGUAAUGGGUUUGAUGCUUGGAAAGGUGGACGGUGAAACCAUGAUCAUUAUGGACAGCUUUGCUUUGCCAGUGGAAGGCACCGAGACGCGAGUUAACGCCCAGGCUGCUGCUUACGAGUACAUGGCCGCGUACAUAGAAAACGCAAAACAGGUUGGCCGCCUUGAAAAUGCAAUUGGCUGGUAUCAUAGUCACCCUGGCUAUGGCUGCUGGCUUUCAGGGAUUGACGUUAGCACUCAGAUGCUCAACCAGCAGUUUCAAGAACCAUUUGUAGCAGUAGUUAUUGAUCCAACAAGAACAAUAUCCGCAGGAAAGGUGAAUCUUGGUGCUUUCAGGACAUAUCCAAAGGGUUAUAAACCACCAGAUGAGGGUCCUUCUGAAUACCAGACUAUCCCACUUAAUAAAAUAGAAGACUUUGGGGUACACUGUAAACAGUAUUAUGCCUUAGAGGUUUCUUAUUUCAAAUCCUCUCUGGAUCGCAAGUUGCUUGAGCUUUUGUGGAACAAAUAUUGGGUGAAUACUCUGAGUUCUUCCAGCCUGCUUACUAACGCAGACUACACCACUGGCCAGGUCUUUGAUUUGUCUGAAAAGCUAGAGCAGUCAGAAGCUCAGCUUGGUCGAGGGAGUUUCAUGUUGGGCUUAGAGACACACGAUCGAAAAUCAGAAGACAAACUUGCCAAAGCAACAAGAGACAGCUGUAAGACUACUAUAGAAGCUAUCCACGGAUUGAUGUCUCAGGUUAUUAAGGAUAAACUUUUUAACCAAAUUAAUAUCUCUUAAAGCAUACCACCAAGUAGUAAUUACCUUGUCUGCCUCAGAAAGGAAUAGUCCUUCUGUAUGAGUUUUCAGUGAGUUGCACAUUACAACCAGUGCAUGAAAAAAUAUUCUGAUAACAUGUAGUACUUUCAAAACUGGUCUGGAAAUGUCAUGGAUUGUUACUAGAUGUUGAUUUUUAGUAUUUAUCACCAUCACUGAGCAACAAUUAAAUCUCUUUAAAACGA